CUCCCCUCCACAAAAGCCAGAUGCCCACAGUGACCAAGCUGCUUCUGGGCGACCGCCUCCGCCGACCUAGUGGAGCCACAGUCAGCUCCAUCAACACCACCGAUUGGGAUCUGGACAUAGAUGCGCAGGAUACCUACAAGAUGACGCCUCUCUAUAAGGCCUGCAGUGCCGGCCAAGAAAAGAUCGUCAAGCUUCUGCUCUCGGCGCAUGCUGAUCCGAAAAUUCGUCGAUACAGUCAGAGUCCACUAGCUGUUGCGAUCGAGUCAAAGGCCGAACGGUACUCGGGUACACAGGGUCGCCAGAGGAGGAUAUCCAUCGUGAAAGAUUUGAUACAAGCACGUGCAGAUCCGGAGACUGGGAAGGAGGUCUUACGGAAUCGCAAAAACCGCAAGCUCCCAGAGGACGGCAUGCUUCUCAAAGUUCUGGAAGGGCGGGCCGAGGUUCCCUCUCUGUUUUCACCUAGUAUCAAGUCCUUUGAAGUUGGAGAAUCGUCUUCUAGCACGGGCAGCAAUGACCGUUCAUCAACGUCAAUCAUGUCGCUGGAACCGCUCUCUUUUGGGCCAAUCACUUUGGAUGACCUCUCCUCCAGGGAACUUCCGAGGUCAGAAAAGUGAAUUGUGUAUUUAUUAGUCUUUGUUGAUGAUCAAAAUGUCAGAGAAUGAAUCAUGUCGG